AGCACAGUGGCAAUGUCAAAGCACGUUGAAAUCAGCUGUUCGGUAAACUGACUGAUUCAAGGUGUAUUAAACACGCCUUAUACUGAUUUGAUAACACUUCUGUUGCCGCCUGUGGAAAUUCUGUAGGAAAUAAAUUUUAAAAGUUAAAAGAAAAUUCUAUAAAAUACAAAGGAAAUGGUGGUCACUAAACAGUUUUUCCAAACAGUAUUAAAUACAUCGAAUCGCGUUCAUGGAUUGACAAGCCUGCGUAAAUUUUCCAGCAGUAAUCCCACUAUCAGUCCCGCAUUGCUUAAACGAAAUGAACUCUUCACUCAAGAACAGCGUCGUCAACAGGAAGCCGUUGGACGAGUGGAAAAAAUAGAAGUACGCUACCUUGGAUUGCCGCAAGAUGUAACACUAGCUAUGAAUGCUAACUUAUCCACGCCCUACAAUUGCGCGCAGCAUUUAAGUGAAGGCCAUUGUAAGCGUUCCGCUCUAGCGCUAAUCGAUGGAAAUGUGCCAUGGGAUGUGCAUCGCCCGCUGACUGAAUCUUGCACGUUGCAGUUGCUAAAUUUCACAGUUGCUGAUCCUCAUUUAAUAAACAAAGCUUUUUGGCGCACAUGUAGUUUUAUGUUAGGAGCAGCGCUGGAAAAUUCAUUUACUGAUGAAGCACAAUUGCAAUUACACAGUUUCCCUACUCCAAAUAUAAAAACUGGUAGUUUUGUUUACGACGUUGUGUUGCGUGCACAAUCUUGGCAGCCUAGUAAGGCUGAAUUGCGUGCCCUCUCCGCUGAGAUGGUUAAAUUAGCAGCAAAAGAUUUGAAAAUCGAACGUCUUGAUGUCAAUAACGAACUUGCUUUGGAAAUGUUUGCCGAUUCGCAUUACAAACGCGAGCAAUUGCCCAGCAUCGCACAACAGAAUCAAGGACGUGUUACCCUCUAUCGCAUUGGUACUCAUAUAGAUAUAUCUCGUGGUCCUAUGGUCGCCUCAUCACGUUUUCUUGGCAAAUGUACAGUAGCAGCUGCGCAUAAGAUUGCUAAUGAAGGCGAUAAAGAUGCGUUGUAUCGAGUGCAAGGUGUUGCCUUACCUGCUGGAUUUACGUUAGAUCAUGUAGCCUACGGUACAUUAGAGGAACGCGCUAAGAAACUGAAUCCUGCACGCUUACCCAAUGAGCCUUUUGAAGAAUCACAGCAGCAGAUAGCUUGAAUGAAUGCGACAAGUUUAUUUCAUUGAAAUCGUUGUUUUAUAUAUUAAUAAAUGCGCAUAAAUACGUUUAAAUUAA